AUGAGAGCGUCCAUAGAUAACGGGUGCCCUCGCGGGGCUAUCACUGUGCAGCGCGGCCUGCGCCAGCCGUUUGGGCCUUCCGAGGGGGUGAGGGCGCUAUCAGAUGAGGCGCGACGCGGGUCCGCCGUGCUCUACCGUCGUCAGGCGGCGCAAUCGUCACGAGCAUCGGCGGCGGAGGUGAGGCUGCCGCAACCUCGGCCGGAUGGAGGCGCGCGCAUCUCUCAUCUCCGGCGCGUUGCAGCUUCCCACGCGAUAUGGCGCGAUCGUUGCCAUCGACUCUCGUUCCCCCAUGAAUAUGCAUGCGCGCUACGAACGUCGGGACGUGACCGCGAAAGCGCACCGAACUACCUACUCCACUUCAGAAUUCCCCAAAACGAAGGGCUGGUCGCCGACAUGCACCCCCAGAGGCCCCGCCGGCGACCCAGCACCGUGGACCGGCUCGUCCAUCCGCUGGCCGAGGCCUUGCUGCGGCGCGCCGCUCCGCGCUUGAGAUGCGGCGCGCGCAACGCACACCUGCGCCGCGCC